AUGGAUUUCCUAAAAGAGCAAUAUAACUCAUUACUGAUAGAUAUUAAGAAGACUUUUAGAAAUCCAAGAGAUGGAAUAUCUCACAUUUUAAGUAUAGUAUGUUUGUUGCUAAAUGCGUUGAUGAUUUGGAAACUCUUGGUCGUACUCACAGGUUGCGAUUCUCCAGUUGUUGUGGUAUUAAGUGGUAGUAUGGAGCCAGGAUAUUAUAGGGGUGAUACUUUAGCAUUAUAUCAUCCACCAAACAUCCACGCUGGGGAUGUUGUAGUAUAUCAAAUUAAUGGAAGAGAUAUACCAAUUGUUCACAGGAUUUUAAAUAUGCACUUAUCAGAAAACAAUAAAUUUCAUAUAUUAUCAAAAGGAGAUAAUAAUAAUAUUGAUGAUAGAGGUUUGUAUGAACAUAAUCAAUACUGGCUGGAAAACGAGCAUGUACUUGGUCUUUCAGUUGGUUAUGCACCAUAUAUAGGUAUACUGACUAUAUGGGUUAAUGAAUAUCCAGUUAUGAAAUGGGGAAUUGUGAGUGUUAUGUUAUUUAUGAUACUACUGGGGUAUGAAUAA